CUUGCAGGUGAAAGCUGCGGAAGCUGUAUUUAUAAAAGGCGUUAAUGUGUUUGUUAUUAGUGGAAGAGCUAACAAGCUAUCCUGUUUUCUCAAAGGGAGGGUUCAUGAUCAUAGCUCCAAGAAAAAAGACCAUUUGAUCAAUAUGGCAUGCCUAAGACUAAAGUUUGUCUUUCCUAAAGACUCUCCCUAUCAGCUGUCCCACAGAUUCCACGGCACGCGGAUACGAAUUACCAGAAGCAACCUGAAGGAUGUACUCUGGUCGGCUGAUGGAUUUAAGAGCAUUUUGAGUGACACCACCCCUAGUGAUGGAGGCGAGCUCUUCUUGAUCGGUGGAGAAAAACAAGCAGAAUCACCAAAAGCUUUGGUAUCUCAUAAUAAUAAACAAAUAUCCAAGGUCAAAGUCAACAUAGAAGACUUUGUAAUAUCCAUUGGAACACACAGCAUCCCUGAAAUAGCUGCAAUCAAAGUUUCAUUAGAUAUUACAGCUGACACUUGGGUUGGAAAGUCUCAUUGUAGUGGAUCACUAGGGAUACAGGGUGUGUCUGUCAGUGAUAUCCAUGCUCUUGAUCCUUGCAUCAUCCUUGGUAAUGAUCUCAUAACCGCAUCUUGGAGAUGUUCCUUUACAAGUACCCAUGUAUAUAAGAGAUGCCUGAUUAUGAAUGCUGAGUCAAAUGAAAUCUUGUCAGUGAUUUUACGUCCAGACUGUUUAAGUGUUCUGGCCAACCUUCAACAGGAUUAUUCAUCCUUUACCCAAAACACUGGGCCAUCAAGUCUCACAAGAUUUGGUGAGAAUGUAAAACUGAUAAUAAAAGAGCAUUGCCCUCGAACACAGGUAUCAUCAACACUGGAGGGAGUGAAUGUGAGUCUAGAGAUGGAUGUGUUUGAGCAGCUGUCUGCCUGCACACUUGAAGAUAUCAGGGUUCAAUGUACUCAAGAUACAGAAAACUUCAGUUGUGAUUUUACUGUGAAGGAUAUCGAAGUGGAGGAUCGUAUAAAUAAUACUUUAUCAGUGAGUAAACUAUCUAAAGAUGGAAUCCACAAGCGGUCACUACAUGCUACUAUCAUACAAGAAGCUUCAAGUGAGCGGCGAAGUGUGUCAUUCCAGCAACUCUAUGGAGAGAUCAUUGACCUGAACAUCAGCCUAGAGGAAGAAUUCCUGUUAAAGCUUUUAGUGUUUUUUGGGAUCACAGAAAUGAAGCAGUUAUGGGGUGAAGAAAAGAGUGAAAGCACAAAACCUACUCCAACGCAAUCACUUUCUAGUGGAUCCCAGUCCCCUCACGAGGAAGAAGUGUCAUUCUUUUUUGAAAGACUGGAAGCGAAUGAUGUUGGCAUUGUCAUCUCCGUGUCACCAAAUCAAGAUCUUCCAGAAGACCUUCUAAAACUAAAAGAACAGCUUGGUGUACCGAAUGGUCUGCCGCCCUGUGUAGAGAAUGCUAGGCUGGACUUUGAGCGAUUUCUACGUACUGGGAUUUACUACAGAUCAUUUGAUGGACUGGUUCGGGAUAUCAAGAGACACUAUUUGAAGGAGAUCGGACGUCAGUCUGCAAAAAUACUUGGGUCAUUACAUCUUCUGGGAAACGUGACGGGUCUUAAAGAUAAUAUCGCUGAAGGGCUGACUGAACUAAAAGAAAGUGGUGACUACAUGGGAUUCGCUAGGCACGUGAGAAGUGGUUUGACUGACUCGUACUACAAGCUCACUGAUUCAUGGUCUGCGUAUGUGAGACCAUCACCAAGGAAAAGCCUGCCCGAACCUGUUGUAGAGAAGCCUAUAGAACAGCAAACACAAGAAGACAAUGUUGACGCUGGUCUGUUUUAUGGUAUUACUAGUGGUCUGGGAGGAUGGAUAUUUUGUCCAUUAGAGGAAACGAUUGACCUAUUACAGGAGGAAGUACCCUCAACUGAAUCUGUUGCUGCGGAAAUCCAGUCACCCUUAUCAAGUAGUACACCUGAGCGUGACGCACGCAGUACACAAAUGCGUGACGUACCACGUGACGCCGACUCUACUAUUAGUACAUCCCAGCGUGACGAACGUACUGACAGACACGUAUCCUUUACAACCCAGCAGAAUGACGCUCAGUCUAAGCGUGACCUAUCGGAUGACGUUGACUAUAUAAGUCAGCGUGACGAACAAACAGUCACGCAACCUUUAAUUAGUCCACAGCAUAACGCACAAAGUGACGUAAAUCAAUUAAACGAUACAUCACAACAUGACGUAACGAAUUACGUAGACGUGCACGAUGUUGCUCGUGAUUUCAGUAGCGUAGUUGAAGAUGACACCCAAUCUACAUGGGCUAGCAUGUCUAGCUUUUCAACUCCAACAGGGUGGGAGUUGAUGCCUCGGGAGAUACAGAAAAGGCUAAAAGGACAAGAAUUUUUGAGAAGACUUAAACGAGGUAUUAACAACGAUGAAGAUGUAGACGAGAAAUUUCUCUGCUGCUUGAAGCUACGCUAUAUGGAUCCAAGUGACAAGUUAAAUGCAUUACUCACAACUUGUAAAGUGUAUUUCAUGAAAGUAGGAUCACCAUCACGUGACAAUGUCAUCCUUGAGGUGAAUCUUAAUAGACUGUACAAGACGCAGGAAAAGAAUCAUGAUGGCAUGGACUACCUUGAACUAAUAAUGCGAAUUAAUGGCAUGCAGCGACUGUGCCUCCCCUCCCCUAAUGCUAAAGACAAUCCUUUGGUUCGAUGUGAUUCUCUUCACUUAGCAGCCAAGGCUGCCAAUAAAAUAAACAAAGCAAGGAAGAGAUACAGUAGUAACGACAGUUGUCCCUGUAAGGUUAUACUAAACACUGUACUAUGACCAUGACAAUCCAUCCCCCGGAACCGCCGGGAAUGUAUUCGUCCUUGUCUUGCCCAGUCCUUUCGACCAAAAUCGUGGCCGUAGGAGAAUGAGAUCCUUUCACGUGAUAUCAAGAGGACCCCCAGUAAAAAGCGCGCCUUCUUUACUGCGGGUUUCGAUAUCUGCGAACUCAAAACGUUUCGACUGCCUGUAGUGAAAUUGCUUUUUACUGCCGCCAGUCAAGAAUAUAAAAUAUAAAAGGUACCUGCUGUUUAUCUUUGAUUGACGGUAGCGAAAAAAAAAACAUAUUUCAGCGCGCAGCUCA